AUACCCUCAGCAAAAUUUCCCUGAAAUACCCCCGCCACUUCCCCUAAUUUCCCACCAAACCUCUCGCCGCCGCACUGCUCCAGCCCUCCCCUCACCUGCCUCCUCGCCUUCCCCAUUCCUCCACACGAUCCAUCCGCAGCCCCAAACCCCAGCCCGAAUCCCCAUCGCCCCGCCUCCAGAUGUCGCCGGCUGCUGGUGGUGCCGCGCCCGCGCAAUCGGCGCCGGAGCCCAACCGCGCGCCGGCCCGCCGGGAUCCGCCGGGCCAGGCGGAGGGGGCCGAUCCCGCCAAUGCGGUGGCGAGGAAGACGGCGUGGAGCGUGCCAGCGCCGCCCCCCGCCGCGGCAGCGUCGGCAUCGGCGGCGACCCCGGGUGGCAGCAUCAUCGGUGGCGACGCCUCGUGGCCGGCGCUCACGGAGUCGACUCGCGCGUGGCCCAAGCCGGCGUCGUCCGACUCGCUCAAGUCCCUCUCCGAUGGUUCCGGGCCGUCCGCGCAGGAGGAUUCGAUUGCUUCACCGGUGCCGCCACAUCCAGUUGUGGAGGUUAAUCCGAUCUCCUCUGGCUCAAACCCUAUCUCCACGCCUCCUCCUAACGCCGCUGCUGCGGCUUCUUCGCAACAGAACGGCGCCACAGCCCAGCCAAAUCCAGUUCGGCGAAGUGGCACCAACGGUGGAAACAAUGGAGGCGGCAGCCGUGGCAAUGGUAGCAGUGGCGGUCGCAGGGCUGCCAGUAGUAGUGGCGGUGAUGGGAGCAGCGGCAGUGGUGGUGAUGGCAACUGGAACGAUGGAAGCCUUGGUAGUGGCAGGGGUUGCAACAGCAGCAAUGGCGACGGUGGCAUCAACUUAAAUGAUAAUGUCUCUGGCGGUGGCACCAGUGGAAGUGGCAAUGACAGCAGCAGAAAUGCUCUCGGCAAUAACAACUGGAACAACAACAUACGUGGUGUUGGCGGUAGCAGCAGUAACAGUACUGGCAAUGGUGAUGGAAACAAUAGAAGUAGCGGUGGCAGCAGCAACCACUGGAGCAAUAAUGCCCGUAACAGUAGUGGAACUAGCAAUGGCGUCGGAGGUCGUGGUGGUUACCGGAGUCGCCGUGACCAUGAGAGAGGAGGUAAUUUCUCCCCUAGAAACUAUCCCAGAGUUCCUAUAAUGCCAUACCAGCAGCAACAGCAGCCGCCGCCGGUUGCCUACCAGCCUGGGCCUUUUCCCCAACCAUCGGCGCCACCCGCUGCCCAAUUCAUGGUGCCACCACAUUUUGUGCCAUAUGUUCCGCCAUUUGCCUACCGUGGAGAUGUGCAAUCCUAUCCUCUCUACUUCCCACCAGUGGAGCAGUUCCAGAACAUGCAUCUUGUUCGGCCACCAAUGCAGCCUUCAUGGGUUCCUCAGGAUCAGCCAAAUCUCCAUGAGGAUAUUAGGAUGCAGAUAGAGUUCUAUUUUAGCACAAAUAAUUUAUGCCAUGAUACGUUCUUGAGGAGACAUAUGAAUGAUCAAGGAUGGGUACCUAUCGACCUAAUCUUGGGUUUCAACCGGAUGAGGCAAUUUACUGGCUUGGUAGAUACCAAUUAUAUACUAGAUGCAAUUCGAGGUUCUGAGAUAUUGGAAGUGCAGGGAAAUAAUGUCCGAAGGCGCAAUGAUUGGGCAGAGUGGUUACUUCAUUAAGACUGUCCACUAGCAAAUCAGGUUCAUAUGCCAAAAUGCAGAUGCUUCUUAUCAUUGGGAACCGAAUAGAAGUGUUGGUUGAUUCAGGCACUGGUUCUGUGAUAAAUGUAUGUACAGCGGGUCAAUUCAAAGCCGAAAGAUUUUGUUUAUUUGGAUCAGACGUGAUGGCUGCACGUAAAGGAACAUUGAAGGCAUUGAGGGGAAGACAACAGGAAAUAAAUUCCUUCAAUUAUAAAAUCCUUUUUUGGUCUGUACAGUUUUGUGUCGAAAGAAAUGAUACCAUAUCUUCUCGUCUUGGAUGUCGUGUCCUGUCGACUGUUUUGGUGUUGCCUGGGGGUUUAUUUUGGUAUCGCCCCUCCAUUUUUGGUUACAUGCACCUUUGCGCUUUGCUGUUCUUGGGGGGAACGAUUCGGGUUAUUGCAAAUGAGAUAUAUAUGCUAUGGUGCUAUGGGAAUAAUUUUAUAUGUUAUUGUCUCAUUGCAUCGUAGUAUGGUUCUGGAGCUAUGAAAUUCGAAUGUUACUCUCAGCUUAGUUUGAUCCUUACGCAGUUAAUUUGGAUGCUA